AUGACCCGUAUGGGACUGGAUGAAUUAGCCCCAGAGCUGAUCGAGCUCAUCGUGGAAAACGCCUUCGAAGUUAACAAAAAGAAUGUGGAAAGGGGCUACGACUUCCCCGCGAUCAUCGAGUUUCAUUUUUUAUCCAACAGAAACGACCUACUCGAACGCUUUCAGGUCUGGCGGGACCUUCUCAGCCUGGCCGCCACCUGCAAAUACCUGCGUCGCGUCGUCACCCCCCUGGUUUACUACCGCGACAUUCAAGACAACUACACCUCUUCAUUGCUCAUCUCAGCUAAGAGGAACAAUAUCGCUGGUAUUUCCAUGGCUUUAAGCCAUGGUGCGGACCCUCAUAUCGGAGAUCGAACAACCGCCGUCUCGUGGACUUUUAAACAUCUCGGCUGGAAGCACUGGUACGUCCUCAAUCUCGAGGAACAAGCCACACCCCUUCACUGGGCAGCUCUAAACGGCCAUAUUGAGGCGAUGAAGUUGCUUCUUGAGCAUAAAGACGCCGAUAUCAAUCACCGCGUGAGAAUUGACACAAGCGUUGCGAGAUAUAGGAGCAUUGGUUGCAGAGGACGCGCAGACAAGUUUUUGGAGGUUUUCCCCUUCCCAGACAAGCCUGUCCAAGAGGUCACGGCUUACAUACGCCAUGGCCUAUGGGGAGUGGAUGACUCCAUCUGUUACGAUACGAUUGAAAAGGGGGCAAAUCCUCUUUACUUCGCUCUCCUGGCCGGGAACGUCGAAAUGUCGGCGUUCCUUAUCAAAGCAGGUUCUUCCUUGCAGACCCAUCUGGGCACAGGCACCACUGCCUUGCACCAAGCUUGUCAGAGGGGAAGCAUCGAACUGGUGCGGCUUGUUCUUGACCACGUUAGCCCCAGCAUCGAGGACGCCAUGGGGAACACACCCGUUCACUACCUACCCGAUGAUGCGCCCGACAGAGACAUCAUCAUCGACUUUCUCUUGGCGAAAGGCGGAGAUGCAUUCGCAAUCGGGCUGAAACACAAGAAAGUGGAGCGUGUCCAAUUGCGUCACUUCUUUCAACGGAACCUACUGGGAGACGGUCUGGAGGCUGGAAAAUGGGAAUAUGACUGUGAAACCGCUAAUUCUAUGUGGUGGUCUCGUCCAAGAAGGACAGGAUGA